AAAGGCAUGCGCAGAGGCGAAAGUUCGGCGCGUGGAACGGGCUUUGGGACCUGGGUGGCUGGCGCGGUGACGUCACAAACCUCGCCGCUGGGCGCGUGGGACUGCUUUGGGGUCGCGGUAGUAGCUGCUCCGCUCUGCUUCUCUUCUGUCCCCGCGGGGCCGAGGCAGCCGGGCCUUUCCCGCCCUGCCAGUCCUAUGGGCUCCCUCACGCUGCAGUCUCUGCGGGAGGUGAUGAAAAGCCUGCUCGACUCCCCCGGCUUUGAUCGCGUGCUGGAUAAGAUGCACAUGACGACUGCAAAUGUUUCCGUUCAAGCUACUGGCAUACAAGAUGAAGCUUCUUUCUGCAACUCCUGGGAAGGUUGUAUGUGAAAUGAAAGUUGAGGAGCAGCACACAAACAGGGCUGGCACACUGCAUGGAGGCUUGACCGCCACCCUGGUAGAUGUUGUGUCAACAACAGCACUGUUGUACACAGAAAGAGGAGCUCCAGGGGUCAGCGUGGACAUGAACAUAACAUACAUGUCAGCUGCUAAGAUAGGAGAAGAGGUACUGAUAACUGCUCAGGUUUUGAAGCAAGGAAGAAGCAUUGCAUUUGCCAGCGUGGAUUUAACAAACAAGGCAACUGGAAAGUUAAUAGCACAAGGCAGACAUACAAAGUAUCUGGGCACUUAAUAUAAGGAAAUGAUCUCUAAAAAAGAAAGGUUUGCCUUAAUAUUCUGUAUUGAAUUACUCUUCUAGUUUCAGAUAUCCCUGUAGGCUGUUAGAUAGCCUAUAUUAAAUGGGUUGGUCUGAGUUCCGUAAUUAAUGGACUUGUGUUCGUGUCAGAAAACUGCCAUUAAAGUUGGCACUAACUUUCAGCUGAUUGUAGUCCUUCAGCCCUUGAGUACUCUCCCCAAAAGCUGAAGACUUAUCUGACACUUUUUGUGCCCAAAGAGAAUGAUGAUAAGGUGAACCUUUCAAUUCAGGAUGCAGACUUGGUGUCGGGACAGUGCAGGAAAGCUUAGUUUUCUGGUGCCAAUGCCAGACCUGUCAUGAAAAAUGACUCUGUCUUCAAGGCUGCCAGACAAUCAAUCCCCUUUUAGAUGCCAGUUUAUGAACAGACUGCAUUCUUUAUUUUGUAUAAUAAAGCGGUAUUUAAGUAACACAUCUUCACAAGCUCAUAAAUACUGAUUGAAAUUGUGAAUCCAAAAUAAGAAUAUGUUGCAAAUGAAAAUAAAAUGUACCUUACUUUCA